AUCCCACACAGUCGCGCGCAGCUGCCGGAGACCCGUCCGCUGCGCCUUCUUCGCCCUUGGCGCCUUAUCACACUCCCUUCCCGGGAGCUGGGAGCAACGCGGGCAGCCGGCGCCUCGGUGCAAGCUGGGGGUGUCUGCUGGACCACCUCCCGCCGCCGCCGCUGCCGCCCCCGGCUCUGGCCAUGGCCCGGCGGGGCGCAGUGCCGAGCGUCCUGGGGGCGCCCGGGGGCGUCGAUCUCAGUCUGAGGCUGCUGCUGCUGUUGCUGCUGCUCCUGGAGCCAGCGCGGGGCUUCGGGGACGAGGAGGAGCGGCGCUGCGACCCCAUCCGCAUCUCCAUGUGCCAGAACCUGGGCUACAACGUGACCAAGAUGCCCAACCUGGUGGGGCACGAGCUGCAGACAGACGCGGAGCUGCAGCUGACAACUUUCACGCCGCUCAUCCAGUACGGCUGCUCCAGCCAGCUGCAGUUCUUCCUUUGUUCGGUUUACGUGCCAAUGUGCACAGAGAAGAUCAACAUCCCCAUCGGCCCGUGUGGCGGCAUGUGUCUUUCGGUCAAGAGGCGCUGUGAACCCGUCCUGAAGGAAUUUGGCUUUGCCUGGCCCGAGAGCCUGAACUGCAGCAAAUUCCCACCCCAGAAUGACCACAACCACAUGUGCAUGGAAGGGCCGGGUGAUGAGGAGGUGCCUUUACCUCACAAAACCCCCCUCCAGCCUGGGGAAGAGUGCCACUCCGUAGGCACCAACUCGGAUCAGUACAUCUGGGUGAAAAGGAGCCUGAACUGUGUUCUCAAGUGUGGCUAUGAUGCUGGCUUGUACAGCCGCUCGGCCAAGGAGUUCACGGAUAUCUGGAUGGCCGUGUGGGCCAGCCUGUGCUUCAUCUCCACCGCAUUCACUGUGCUCACCUUCCUGAUCGAUUCCUCCAGGUUCUCCUACCCUGAGCGCCCCAUCAUAUUUCUCAGUAUGUGCUAUAAUAUUUAUAGCAUUGCUUAUAUUGUCAGGCUGACCGUAGGCCGGGAAAGGAUAUCCUGCGAUUUUGAAGAGGCAGCAGAACCUGUUCUCAUCCAAGAAGGACUUAAGAACACAGGAUGUGCAAUCAUUUUCUUGCUGAUGUACUUUUUUGGAAUGGCCAGUUCCAUCUGGUGGGUUAUUCUGACGCUCACUUGGUUUUUGGCCGCAGGACUCAAAUGGGGUCACGAGGCCAUCGAGAUGCACAGCUCUUAUUUCCACAUUGCUGCCUGGGCCAUCCCUGCUGUGAAAACCAUUGUCAUCUUGAUUAUGAGACUGGUGGAUGCAGAUGAACUGACCGGCCUGUGCUAUGUCGGGAACCAAAACCUCGAUGCCCUCACAGGCUUUGUGGUGGCUCCCCUCUUCACAUAUUUGGUGAUUGGAACCCUGUUUAUCGCUGCUGGUUUAGUGGCCUUGUUCAAAAUUCGAUCCAAUCUGCAAAAGGAUGGGACAAAGACAGACAAGUUGGAAAGGCUGAUGGUUAAGAUCGGGGUCUUCUCGGUCUUGUACACGGUGCCUGCCACAUGUGUGAUUGCCUGCUAUUUCUAUGAAAUCUCCAACUGGGCGCUCUUCCGGUAUUCUGCAGAUGACUCCAAUAUGGCGGUGGAGAUGUUGAAGAUUUUUAUGUCUUUGCUGGUGGGCAUCACCUCAGGCAUGUGGAUUUGGUCUGCCAAGACUCUGCACACCUGGCAGAAGUGUUCUAACAGAUUGGUGAAUUCUGGGAAGGUAAAGAGAGAAAAGCGAGGGAACGGUUGGGUGAAGCCUGGGAAAGGCAAUGAAACUGUGGUAUAAGGCUACCCGGGCCCCACGCUUUCCAAAUUUUGAAGGUGGGGGGAAUGCUAGCAUUUGGGUGCAAGUGCGACUAAAAGUUUCCUGCAGUGUAUCUCAGUUUGAGCGAACUGGCAACACGUCAGUGACCCCUAUAAGCCACCGCCACCUGCCCGUCCCCCGCCCGCCACUCCCCUGCAUCAUAAAAGGAAUGAUUUUGCUGCAGACUUUGGAACGAUCCAAAAUGGAAAAGCCAGUUAGAGGCUUUCGAAGCUGUGAAAAAUCAAAACAUUGAUCACUUUAGCAGGUCGCAGCUUGGAGCGUGGAGGUCCUGUCUCGAUUCCAGGAGGGUCCAGGGCGAUACUGCUUUUCCCUGCAGAGUGAGAUCUGGGCUGUGAGUAGGUAACUCGCAGGGAGAAAGAUUAACUUUUUUAACCCUUAAAAUCUUAAAUACUAACUGGGUCUUUCAGAUAGCAAAGCAAUCUCUAAACACUGGAGACACUGGGUUCAGACAAGUGUUACAAGAGUUUUAUAGUUGGGCUGAUCUAACAUAAACAAUUUCUGUGGUGUGCUGUCUGCUGUUUAGGGCUUUGUGGAUUGCUCUCCCAAGAGGUGGUGUCAGAACCUUUCAGUGCCUUUGUCAUAAAACAGAAUUGUUUGAAAAAAACAAAAGUACUGUACAAACACACGUAAGGUAUCCAGUGGAUUUUUCUUCUGUCUCUUCCUCUUCAAUUUCAACAUCCCUGUUGUAGGCUGCUGCUGUUUUCUUCGUUUUGCAUUAAUGACUCAAAAUAGGUAUUUUUAUAGGAUUUUUUCUUUUUCUUUUUUUUUUUCUUUUUGCACAGCAGCAUGCCUAAUGAGGGGGAAAGUAAGGGUGAUUCACUUUCUGACAAUCAUUUAAUUCAGAGGAAAAUGAGAUUUAUCAAGUCGACUUACCUUACCGACCCCGGAGACCUGUUGCAUUGAGCAAUGGGGACUUAAUAUAUUUUACUUUGUGUGAUUGCAUCUAUGCAGACGCCAGUCUGGAAGAGCUAAAAUGUUAAGUUUCUUGGCAACUUUGCAUUCACACAGAUUAGCUGUGUAAUUUGUGUGUGUCAAUUACAAUUAAAAGCACAUUCUUGGACCAUGACAUAAUAGUAUACUCAACUGACUUUAAAACCAUGGUCAGCUUGCAUUCUCAGAAUGAUAGUGCCUUUCUUUUCUUUAGCAUAAGAAUGUUAUCAGUCUAGUCUAUGACCACCAUGAAGACUUUUCUGUUCUGUAGAGAGAACUAAGGACAGCUACUCCAACUACUCGGAGCAGAAUUGUUUCCUAGUAAUUGGCAAAGGCUCCUUACAAGAUUUCAUUGGAGGCAGUGUGGCCUGGAGUAUUUAUAUGGUGCUUAAUGAAUCUCCAGGAUUCCAGCCAGGAGCUAGGUUGGUUAGUAGGGAAUAAAGUGUAGACCAUAUGACGUGAACUGCAAACUCUUAACAACACAGGUCUUAAUUGCCUUUUGCAGGGGUAUCCAGAGCUUUUAAAAGUUAUGCUUUAUGUUCCUCACAAUGGGGUACCCCCCUAGCAGCCUCUCAAAAAGUUGCAAUUCUUUUAAAAUUGUAACUGGACUCUCUCUUAACCUGCCUUAGGCCUUCUAAUCGCCAGAUCUCUGGGACAAAUGGUUGACAAUGUUACAGGUCCUUGUAGCUCAUACCUAUUUUGCUUCAGCAACUACUUUGCAAUGACUCACUUAUUAUUUAUUCAUGCCCCACCCCACCCCCCCUUUCAGAAACAGGUAGGAAAACUCUUUUAUCACAUUUCUUUGUGGAAAAACAUUUCCAGGGACUCAGAUUCCCUAAUAGGUGGUCAGAUUCUGGAAAUACAUGUGUCCUUUCCCAUCCUUUUUGAGCUGUGGUUUGACACUUUUUUUUCUUUGUUUUUUGGGGCUCCUGAGCCGUCUGAGGUAAAGAUGCAUAGAAGAUCUGUUGUGUAUUUUGGAAGGGAAAGUCUCAGGGCUCUGAGGACAGAUGCUGACUGGGUGCGGACGGUCCCUGGUGUGUGUGUGUGUGCGUGCCGUGCCCCAGUACCUUGGCUGGACUCUGGGUCAGGGUUCCAGGAGCAUGAGAAAUGAUCCCCAGAAGGGCCCGUUGAACUCCAUCUGAGACUGUGUCGCCUCUGGAAUACAAAUGUGAACUCCCUGUGCUGCUUGCAGACAGUUCCCAGAGCUGCCCAGGGCCGUGGAGCGUUCACCCAGGGGCAGGGCCUGCCCUUACUCACGCUCCGCUCCAGCGUCCUGGGAGUUGCGCCGAGACUCAGGCCCAGGAAGGGGAAGAAGGACGGUGCAGCCGGGGCACUGGCCUCACUUUAUGACUGUAGGCCUCUGUCAGGCGCUUGUGUGUGACCCAGCGCGGCACCCGGCAGAGGGCCAGGCACAGAGUAGGUGCUCGGUAUCUGUGAGAAAUGAAAUAAUAAGAGUAAGAGGGCUUGGGUGAACCGAUCCGCCUGAGUUCGAAAACAAACAUGUCCCUUCUGCAAAUGUCUGGCCUUCUCUGGGGGGGAAAGUCCAUUUGACCGGAAGUGGCCCUCGGUGCAGCCAGGAUUAGGAGCCCUAGCUGUGUCACAGGGCUGUGGGCCUUUCCUUUCACAUUCCAGACAAUGGAGAGUGUUUACAGUUUCAGGAAAAGAGCUUUGUGGCUGCGGUCAGUUACGAGUUACCUUGACGUGACUGCAUCACCUCUUCAGCUGGUAUCUGUUUAAAAAAAAAAAAAAGUCAAUUAUUAGCACAUUUGUGAGUGCCCACUCUGUGUAAAGCCCCGUUGUUAGGCACCUUUGGGGCCGUGGAGGAGUGCAGGCUUUGUCUUCCCCACUGGCCCGGACUGAGGAUGCGCCUGGGUCUGCCGAGUGUUGCUCUUGGUUUUGGGGGAGGAGGACGGCCCUCUGUAUCACGGUCUCCCACCCAUCAACCACUUCCUGGGUUUUUCUGCCUUUCCAGUCUCUCUCAUCCCUCCCCACGAUUCCCCUGCUCGUCAGCUCCAGGGGUUUUGACAGGAUGCCUCAGCCCAGUUUCAUGACCAGCUCUGUGGAGAUCCCCCAGGAAAACACUGAACAUUAGCUGAAAGGAUGUGCGCUCCCACACCUCGUGAGGUUGGGGGGGCAGGCCGCUCAGGGCUCGGGGUGUUUUGUGUGACGCGUGCAGGGGAAUCUGAGGACAUCUUGCUAGGGAAAAGGUUAGGGCUGGGUUUUUUUGAAAUCUAGAAUAAGUAGGGAUGAUUGUAGCUUCUCCCAAAAUGCCCUGGCCUCUGGAAAUUUUACUCAACAGGGGCCCAGGGCACCUCUGUCCACCCUCCGCUCUGGCAAGCCCCUCUUUCUCUUCGCAAAGGCCACCCUUCAGGGCCGAGGAGCACGGGGUAGGGUGGAACUGGCUAGAACCGUCUGGUUGAGCUACUUGGUUGAUUCAUAUCCUUUUCCUCCCAUUUCCUGAACUCUGAGAAGGCUUGUGAGCCGCCAAUCUGCUCAGGGUCCUGAAACCACAGAAGGCAGUGCCGCUGUUUCUUUCCCUGAGAUGCUCUCUGACUUCCUCUCCACCGUCACUCCCUCACCUGCACCCUCCAACCCAGGAUCAGGACAACUUCUGUGUUGACGUUCUGAAUUGUGACUUUACCAGCACCCUGAGCUCUGUCUUCUCUGGUGCCCUCCCACCCCCCAGCCUCCCCCGUCACUGAAUUCAGGCCUUACUGUGUUAGCAAUGGAGCUGGGACCUGAGGAUACGGAGGAGCUCGCCAGCCUCAGCCGUGGAGCACAGACUCGGUUUACCGGGAUGUCACCAGGCUGGUGUGGCCUGUGGCUUCUGGGGAGGUAGCCCUAGCAGCAGUCAGUGGGGAGAGCCAUAGAGCACGGACUUUGGAAGGAGCCCCCAGGAUUGAGCUUUGUCCUGAUUUUCAUUCUGUGAUGGGAGGGAUUGGAGGGAGUUGCCUUUCUAGCCAGUUACAUCCAGUCACUGGACUCUAACGGUUCUGGGUGUCCUUUUAUUGUAUUUGGGUUGAGUCCUCCUCUGAUUUGCCUAAUGUUGGGCGAAGGACCCAGGUUAUCAUUUUCCUCUGGGCCUAGGUCAUAGAUCUUGGAAUCUCCUAGAAGAGCAUUUUGCUUCUUCCAAGGAUCAGGUACCAGAGCCUUAAAUAAUGGAUUUUGUUUCCCUGUGGCCUGCUCAGAGCUCUCUGUUGCUGCAUCUUGCCACGCGCAUGUGCGGUCAUGGCCCGCUGACUCUCCCCGAGAGGGAAGUGAACCCUGACCCUCUCCAACAGGCCUCUUCCCCUCCGGUGGCCCAUUUGCCCUGUAGCAGCCUGUUCCUGUUUCUGAUUUAUCUUACUUCCCUUCUUCUUCUCUGCAUCGGCGAAUUCCCCGUAUUUGCCCAGGCAGUUGGGAGAGGGCCUGUUUGGGGUCCUCUGUGAGCCAUGUCCUCUAGGCUUUGGUGGCUCCUUGAUCUCCUGCCAUAUUCAGUAUCUGACCACUGUCCUCUCAGAAGAGCUUCUGAGAAGAGGGACGGGAGCAACUCUGCUCCCCAAAGACUGGUCUAUCUUCUCCCCGAAGAUGUGCUCCUCUCCACGUCCUGCUCAUGGGCUUGGGCCCCAACCUGGUUGUGUGCUUUGGGAGGGGGAGGCGGCUCUCUCUCGCUGUCUUCCCCGCUGGGGCAUCUAGGUGGUUCUGAAUUUUUUCCUACCUCACAGGGAUGUUGUGAGACUUGCAAAGGUCUGAGGAUGAAAGGCCCCUUGAGUGCUUUGCAGGAAAGGUGGAGUCAGUGUCAAGCGUGAUUCGUGAAGAGACGAACUGGGACUCACCAUCCUUGUGCAGCGGGCAGGCCAUGCCCUGUGGCCUGUCCUUGGAUCCUGUGCCACCCUGCACCUCCAGCCACCUUGAGGCCAACCCGGGGGGCUUCCAGAUGUUCGACAUAGAGGUACCAGGCACCUGCUACACUUGCCCUCGUGAACUGCUGAAUGUCAAAGGAAAUGGACCCUGCUUUUAAGGAUGUACAAACGUGUGUCUGCAUUGAUGUCUGUACUGUAAAUUUCUAAUUUAUCACUGUACAAAAAAAAAUAAACUUUGCUAUUUAAUUUUUGUAUUAAAGGAAAAUAAAGUUUUGUUUAUUAA